AUGGCAGAUCAAGGCUGGGGAGGGGGAGACUACAGCAAUUACUGGGGCGCCGACUCCUACGGCGCUGAUGGAAGCGCUGACGCCGCUGCAUCUGGAAACUACUACGGACAAGAAGGCCAAGGAGGUUUCGUCGACGCAGGAUACGACCCAAACGAGUACUGGCGAGUGGAUGCAGACGUGUAUCCGAUCUUCUUGGAGCUUGCACCCGGCGCUCAAGGCGAGAGUGUGGACCUCAGUGAGCUGCCUGAGCUGUGUCGUCGGGUGGGGCGUCCGCUGCAAGGCGAACAUGAGCAGUUUCGCCUCAUGCAGGAGCUGGAUACGACGAACGCCAUGAUAAUCAUGCGGCACGACUUCGUGAGCUGGUUGCUGAGCGAGAUCCACUCGCAAGAGCGGUCUCGCGCUGAAGCGGAGCCUCGUCAAGUCCCGGUGGCAACCCCAGCAUGGGAAGAAGUGGUUCAAGAGGUUCCGGAGGUCGACCUGAUGCUUGGCAGCAAGCCCACCGUGUAUUAUUGUAAUACGCUCUCGGGUGAGAGUAUUUGGGACCUUCCAAGUCUCAUACGCUGCCUGUGGAGUCACCUGGAGGCUCAGGAAGCCGCCCAGCAAGAAGCGCGGGUGUCUCAAGACGGUGUUCCCGGGUUUGUUCGCUCUCGCCGCAGUGAUGACAAGAGCAGCGAGGACUCCUGUGAAAUGGUGCAGCAGCUGCGUGAGCUAUUCGUCAAGUACGAUGACGAUAAGUCUGGGUACUUGGACGCCGCCGAGUUUGAGGACCUGUGCGUUCGUGUGGGGCAGACGGUCAACGGGCAUGAAGGAUUGUUUGCGCUCAUGCAGGAGGUGGAUCCCUACAGCGUGCCCAUUGUUUCGCCGGAUCUGUUGGAGCAACACCCUGUUGUAUCGUGGGACGCGCUACGGCACUACUGGGUAAUAAAUGCACCGUUCCAGCGGCGAACCAGACUCGGCGAAGCUCGGUUCUCAUCUUGGGAACGCGUUGAUGUGCUCCAUAAGCGCGCCACUCCUGUUUUAUUCCGUCACACGACAACACUGCAGGAGCGAUGGGGUCAUCCAGCCAUGGAGCAACGAGUAGCGGAUCGGCUGAAUCAUCUCUUCCCCAGCAGCAAGCUGGAUUGGGCACAAAAGGUUGACCUUUUCAUCGAUGUUCAAUGGCAACAGCAGCAGCAAGGAGUCGUAGCUAGUGAACGCGCUGAGAAGCGUCAGUGGAGCUUGGAGGCUUGUUGGCGGGUACUUACACAGCUUAACCAUCCUAUGACUCGACGGCAGCAUGUGCAGCACGUUAUGCAGCAACUCCAGACGCGGUUUGGCGGAUCCACGAUAGCUGAUGAGGGUGAAGACGCAAUUGUGUUGGAUGAAGCAGCCAUGCGCGCGUGGCUGCUGUACUGCACGAAGAAGAUUGAGAUGAACGGGUGGGAGGAGGCUUUCGAUGCCGAAGGGCAGACUUACUACUAUCACGAGGUGGACGGGACGACACAAUGGGAUCCUCCUCAGCUUCAGACGCAGAUGGCUAAUAUGCUUAGCAAGCUUGGAGGUGGCCAGUCGAACCUGCCAGCCGAUGAGCAGAUAGCGCGUGUUUUCCGUCAGUACGAUGCCGACGAGAGUGGUGGGAUGACACUGGACGAGUUCCAGCACUUCUAUCGAGCUCUAUUGGGGCGCGGUGGUGCUUCAGGUGGGGCCGUGAGUGAUGCGCAGAUUCGACAGGUGUUUAACGUGCUGGAUGCUAGUGGGGAUGGCGCUGUCACGCUCGAGGAGUUCCAGUUCUGGUGGAAGACGAAGCUCCAGCUCGAAGUCAAAGAGGCAAACGAGGUCGAGACCAUCACACGCGAGCAGCGCCGCCGCGAGAUUUGCCUCGAGUUUCUUGGUAAUGCAGACGCAAUCGUGCUCUCGUCGUCAACCAACAAGAGGAAAGACGACGCCGCAGACCCCCCACGUCCUCAAGAGUCGGAAGAGUGCUUCGAGUCCAACGUGCUGCCUCGGCUCGUGGCACUUCUGGGCGACUUCCCAUUGCGCGGCCUUGCGUACCGUCGAGCACUGAAUGAACUCGUGACAAACCCCAUGGAGCAGCUAGUCUCGCUCGAGCGCUUUCUCGUCUGGUACGAUCGCUUCGAAACUGCUGAGCGCGAGAAGGUGGAGCUUCAGCGAGCCAAACAGCGGGCGCAGGCUGAGCUUCGCGCUCAGCAAGAGGCACAAGCUGCGGCUCGAGAGAAGCAGCGCCGUCGUCGCAAACAGAUGCGCACGCUGAAUGUUAUGAACGAGCAUGCAGCGGCGAUGACAGAGCACGAGGCCCAACAGCAACGUGAGAAGAAGAUCGCUGUUCUCUUCAAGACUUUCGACACUGAUGGUUCCGGUCUUCUGGAUGAGAGCGAGUUGUUGCAGCUUACGAAAGCGCUAGGCCACGAGAUGGAUGCAGCACAGGUGAGCCGCAUGAUGAAGGUCAUGGACUCCAGUGGAGACGGCCGCAUCAAUCUGGAAGAGUUCUUGGCCUUCUGGAAGGCGUUCGAGCAUCGACGCCCUGCAGCGGUAGACGCUGCGAUACUGAACCAAACUCGUCGCGAUGCUGUGUCCGAGCCAGCAGCAGCGGGAGAAGCAGUGCCGCCGCCGCAGCACCUGACUACGAAAGAUGCCGUGGCCUCCUUAGCUGUGAGUCUGGAGAUGGUCAAGGACAGAGCACUCAAGCUAACGCUCGCUGAUCUGAAGGGCUUCCUGACCGACUGGAGAGAUGACUUGGUGGAGAAACGCAUCGAGCAACAGGCAGCGCUGGACGAGGCCGAGGCACUUCAGAAGUGGCGCGAGCUGCACGCGUUCGUACCGACAAGAAAGCGUGUGUAUGGGCCCAAGCGCCUAGACGUGACCUGGAUUGAGCCGGAGGUGGUGGACUGUGUCGCAGCCAUAAUCGCCGAUGUAGGGCUGCGCUUUGACCCACCUUUGAAGCCUGAUGCAGCGCAGCGGAUCCAGGCACUGGUCAGGGGCCACUUGGCUCGAAAGCGCGUGCAUCAGCUCGUCCGUACUCGAUUCGAGCAGCAUAUCGAUCCGCAGACCCGGCUAUUCUACUUCACUGACAACCUCACAGGCCAAGUCCUCCUCACCCGCCCGCUUUACACGACGAGCACGUCGUCUAUUGCUCCUUUGGAGCGUGAUGACUGCACCACCAAGGCGGAAAGGUACCAAUUUGACAAGCGGUUGGCCGAGCUCCGAGCGAAGAAGCGCUUCUACGAUCAGGUGUGCUUGCCGGCGCUCUCAUCCACACGCGGAAGCAACCCUGGCGAUGUAACGCGGUCUCACAAGAGCAAAACUGCUUAUAAGCACCGUCCGAUGCUGGCAUCCAGCGCAUUUUACAUGCUCGACGUGGCCACAUUCGUCCAGCAACGCCUGAUGGGGAAUAUUUGGACGCAUCUGCGCUCGCCACAGCCUGACUUGGUGCUGGUAGAGCUUAUUGCUCGACGUCGUCGUCGCCAGUUGAUGCAGCGUGGCCGCGAUGCGGCAGAAAACUUACCGCUUCAUUACGCAGUGCGGCAUGCGCAGUUCACCGUGGCUGUUGUGCGCGCUAUCGUCCAUGGUUAUCCUGAAGCACUUGGGGAGUGCGAUGCCUUCGGCAUGACGCCGUUGCACAUUGCGUUCCGCGAGCGACACCGCUUGAAUACUGCUGUAUGGGGGCGGCAAACGGUCUGUGGGGACACGCCGCUGCAUGCUGCUAUCCUUCAUCGCGCCUCUGUUGGUGUACUGCAGUGGGCUUUGCGGGCAGCAGCGGACGAGUUGAAGUCAUCGCUGCCGAAAUUGUACAACGAGCGUGGCGAGUCUGCUUUCCACUCGUGCAUUACUCAACAACAGCAGCGGCAAACAUCCGAGCUGCUAGAAGGCUGCGACUUCUCGUCGUCUCGAGCACGAACUGCGGUCAUGCUUAUCCCUGCCGACAUCGGGGCAGGCUGGUUUUGGCUUGUGGAUUUGCUCCUAACGCAUUACCCUGUAGCCGUCUUGACACCUAAGCGUAGCAACGGGCUCUUGCCGGUGCACCUCGCGAUCAAGUACGGAUUCCCAGAGAAUUUGACGGUCGAGAUUUUCACUCUGACCGCUGAAGCCUUGCAGAACUCCAACAAGGGCAAAGAUAAUGCCGAAGGGCCCCUGAUGAUAGCUACAACGAUUGCCGGGACUCGAACGACGUUGCUGCAGUACGCGAUCCUUCACCAACCGCGCGCGACCGACUUGCUCUUGCUAUUGAUUGAUCGCAUGCCGAAAUGCUGUGCAACGAGUUCUCUCUCGACAGGCGACCUCCCUAUCCACACAGCUGCAGCAGGAAGAGGACUCAGUCUGGAGGUGCUGCAUAGGCUGCUUGAAGUGUAUAACGAAGGCUGUCGGACGUACAAUGGAAAGCGGUGUUUACCACUGCACAUGGCGCUAAUAAAUGACCCUGGAAGGCUUGACAAGGCACUGGCGCUGUUGAAACAUUGCCAAGAGAUGAUACUGGCGGAUACCGAAGAGCGCCGAGGCUUGCGUGCUCUUUUGAUGGCUGCGAACACGAAGGCACCUGAUUACCGAGUCCUGUUGGCACUGUUAGACGUCGCGCCAAGCCGCAAGCUGACAGCCGCCACUAGCAAAAAGAAGCCCCAAAGUCAACGUGUUACACCGCUGUACGCACUAUCACUACGACGCUGCACUCCAGAGAUCACGAACCAAGACGUUGCCAAGCUUUGUCAUGACAAAUUCGAGGAUCUUGAGGACGAAGAGGCGUACUUCCUUGCGAUGGCCAAAGCAAAACUCCGCAAGCAGCACUAUAACCCGACGCCAAACUGGAGCUUCGCCAAGAUCCUUCAGCUUGUCGAGCGCAAUCCACUGGACGAGGCGGCAAUUCAGCGAUCACUGCAUGCAACCAACGAGAAGCUUCGGGCGAUGCUCGAAGCAGAACAGCAGAACUCCAGCAACAACCAGGAGGACAACCGCAGGGGUUACGGCAUCGUCGUCGACACUGUCACGCUUGACAGCGACCUCAUGCUCGUGCGUACCGUGCACCAGAUCAUGUACGAGUUUCCAUCCAACCCUCGACUUCAACUCCUUGGCCAGGCCAUCCUUAGCAAACUUCUGCCGUCCGCGUACGUGCGAGCUGCAUACAAGUCAAAGAUCGACCCGUACUUCAACCUGUAG